AUGUCACAGCCAUGGGAUUAUAUUGCUAAGCUUGUCUGCAUUGGUGACUCCGGCACCGGCAAGUCCAGCCUCACGGUCCGACUCUGUGAAGGUCGUUUUUCUCCAUCUCACGAUGUCACCAUCGGGGUUGAGUUCGGAUCACGGAUUGUGCCGGUGGGUCCUCCAGCUUCUCUGGAGCUGGGACUAGAUGAACCUGCCGGAGAGUCACCAGCAGAGGCACCAGAAGCAUCUACCUCGGGCCUUCCCUCACCUCCACGAAAGCCACAAGGCUCACCCAAUCAAAAACGCAUGAAGCUGUCCUUGUGGGAUACUGCUGGACAGGAAACAUACAAGUCCAUCACUCGAUCAUAUUUCCGAGGUGCCUCCGGUGCACUGCUCGUAUUUGAUAUCUCCAGGCGGUCGACAUUCACAUCGUGCACCCAGUGGCUUCAGGAUCUGCGGCAGAUUGCAGAAGAGGGCAUCGUUGUUAUCCUGGUUGGCAACAAAAGCGAUCUAUCAGGAGCAGAAUCUGGAUCAAAUCAAAGACAGGUCACCCAGGAGGAGGCCGAAGAGUGGUGCCGCAUGAACAAUGUUGUCCGCUACGUCGAAACAAGUGCCAAGUCCGGGGACGGUGUUGAACGCGCGUUCUUGGAGGUUGCUGAAAGAAUCUAUCGUAACAUUGAGACCGGCAGAUACGACUUGAAUGAUCGUCGGAGCGGCGUGAAAGGGUUCGGUGCCUCAGGAGGCGCGAACGCAGGUGUACCGAGAACUGUCACUUUAGGGAUGGAUGAUGCUAUGCGCAAAGGCAAUGGUUGGAGUGGAGGGUGCUGCUAA